GGCAGAGGUAACCAAAGCAAGGUAAAAAUAGACCAGAGUGUAGCACACCUCGCUGACUUUACACCGUGAUGCCCAGAGAGUGAUCGAGUCAGACACACAGCAACAAGUUUUGGAAUAUGGGAGACUGCUUCCAUGAGCUGGUCGGGUUGGUGCUGCUCUUACUGGCCUUGUUGAUCUCUUUAUGUCUCAAUGUCUUCUUCUGCAUUAGACACAGAGCCACGCUGUGCAAAGACAAAGACGAGUGCUGCUACCCAAACAUUUAUGAGCCAGAAAGUUUGUCACAUAGUGAAGGGCAAUAUUUUCAUAACAUAAACCACCAUGAGCAGCAGGAAAAUUCCGGCAAUCAUCAGGAACAACAGGAAAAUCCAAUCUAUGGAAACAUCAUUAACGACAGACGUGGUUCUCAAGAGGUCUGCUAUGAGAUGAUGACCAUGCAACACACAAGGGAUCGUACUCAGAAGCAGACAUUGGAAGCUGACCUGAAUUAUGCUUCACUGGAUCUGAAGCUGGCAAAGAAGCACAAGAAGAGGCCUCGGCAUAAGCAUCAGGCACGCCACAGCCUUCAGGACCAGCUGACAGUCCACCCUGUGAAUGCUUUUCUGGAGGUGGAGGCGGACAUGGAGGCUCACCUUCCAUCCAGAGACACCAGCACCAUGGUGUCACACAGCAGCAUCUACCUGAACAGUCAGCAAAUAGCACAGGAAGCAGAGGAGAUGGAGCGAGAGAGGGGAGGUGAAGUAUGGGAGGGUAUAAGAGGUGAGGAAGAUCGGUUGAAUACAGUGUGGAAAGGAGGGGGAGAGGGUGAGGAAAGAAUGAAUUUUAGUAAUGGGGAUGUUUGUGCAGUACUUUCAGAGGCAGAGCAAAGUUGCACAAAUCAUCUUGUUAGCACUUUUAACCAUGAUGAUGGCCUAGAAGAUUAGCUAGAGGUGAAAAACCUAAAAAGCCACUGAAAACCAUUGCUAUUAUUGUAAAGAUUUCAUCACCAGUAUUUAACAAGCGUUGCACAGUUGAGCAAAUUCUGCUUUUAAGCAAAACAACUACCUUUUGAUCUCUAUGUAUUGAGCAAUAGAGGAACAAAAAUGCACCUUUCUAUUUAGAUGAUGUAAUAAACCGAAGAUUAAGAGGAAACUUGUGUGUACGUGUGUGACAUUUAGAGGUCAAGGGCUGUAUGGAUGGAAAUGUUUGAUUUAUUACAACAAAAGUGGAAAAUUUAAAAUCAUCACAGGACAUGGAAGAUCUCAACCUAUGACAUCUCUUUUACAGAUGUAAAGAUACAGUAGGUGUCUCGUAUAAAAAGUGUUAUGAAAAAUAAAUCCUACAUUGUCUCUCCAUACUGUAGGAGACAGAUGAGCUACUAGAAGCUAUUAUAUUGAAUAGAUUAACUUAUUUUAGCUAGUAUUAAUCUGCUUUCUUUAGGUGAAGUGAACAUCUAGAACAGUAAUUCUCAGCCUCAGCCUUUGAUGCAAAAUAGAUAUGUUUGGACCUUCCCGAAAAUGGCCAUCUUUACAUCUUAUGGCACAGUUUCUGACUGACUAACUAAAAAAGAAAGCAGGAAGAGGUCUUUAUUUAACACAUGUGAAGGUCAAAGUCAGCCAAGAGAUAUGAGGUACAGCUUUGUCCACAAUAUUUCUAAAAUAAAAAACCCUCACAAAUCCCACAAUAAAGAAGAAGUUACAGCCUGCUGCUAUAGCUACUGAGCCAACUGAGCUUAGAAGUGAACUCAGCGGUCAGGGGUGUGUGAACACUUACUGUU